AUUGAUGGGCAUUUUGAAUCUCACACCAGAUUCUUUUUAUGAUGGAGGAAAGUAUCUAGAGCAAAAAAAAGCGCUUUUACAAGUAGAAAAAAUGCUGCAAGAAGGGGCCACCUUUAUUGAUGUGGGAGGGUCUUCUACCAGACCUUAUGCAACACAAAUAUCUCCAGAAAAAGAAUUGCAAAGAAUUAAUUAUUUUUUUUCACAAAAAAUAGCUCAACUUAAUGCUUUAAAAAUAAAUGAUAUUAUUUUAGACCCAGGGUUUGGGUUUGGUAAAACACUUUCUCAUAAUUACACCUUAUUAAAAAACCUUAAUCUCUUAUCACUUCACGAAUUACCUUUAAUGGUGGGUAUUUCAAGAAAAUCCAUGCUAUAUAAAUUAUUGGAAACAACUCCAGAAGAAUCUCUCAACGCCACUUCUGCUGCCCAUAUGGCAGCCUUAUUAAAUGGGGCUAAUCUUUUGCGUGUACAUGAUGUAAAGGAAGCCUAUCAG